AUGAGGUUCAAGAAAUGGAGGACAAUCUGGAGUCAUUAUUUGAACCAAGAAAGGGCCAACAAAAGUAAACAAGAUAUGACAUUUACAGUUACAGGAAUUUCUGAGGAUGGAUCCCCCCAAGAACUCGACGAUUACAUUAAAGAAUCCAUUGAUCACUCGCUAGGUCUCCCCGUAUCCAAGCGAACUCUUUUGUUGAAGCUUAGCGCCUUUGAAGACACACAACGCCGACUCCGCAACCGGUGCCUUUCCCUCCAGAACAAAUUGCAGGAGAAAGAAGACGUCAUCGAGCGAAUUAGGGCUGAAUCGAGUAUGAAUGCACAAGCAUUGAAGAAGUUCGUGGAGGAGAAUCAGAAAUUGGCUAUGGAGUGUGGGAAUCUUUUAAGUCAGUGUAAGAAAUGGGAGAGGGAGUGCUCGCUAUACGAUCAAGACCGCGAAGCUUUGAUGGAUUUUGGGAACGAGGCCGAUGAGCGUGCCAAGGAGGCCGAAAUUCGAGUUCAUCAGUUAGAGGAGGAGGUCAGAAGGUUGUCGGAUGAACUGCAGUUCUACAAGCACGAAUACGACAUGCGUGUGGUUGAUUCAUCCUCUGAGGAAACAAUUAUCGAGAACAAUUUACUUGAGUCAGUGUUAACCACAUUGAUCAGUAAAGAUGAUGUUGCCCCAGCACAUGCUUUCUUGGAGGCCAAUAGCAGACAUGAGUCAUGUCAAAUUUUGCUAAAGAUGUGGAAUUGUUUGAGGCCAUCAACGCAGAAGGCUCUAUCACUAGCUGCUGAAGUGAAUACACUCGAGAAAGAUAAGGAACGCUUAAAGGUCAACCUUAAUAGAGCUGAAGAGGAGGUCAAAAUGCUGUUUGAAGAAAAUAACAUCUUGGAUGCAGAGAAUAAAAGGUUACUGAGGCAAUUCCAGAAAGAAAGAAACAAUCAUGGUUCUGGUGGGAAACACACCGGCAGUGCUUCUGCCAAGUCAAACAAGCGAAAAUCGAGCCCCAAGAUGAGCAGCAGCCCAAUUGAGAAGAAGCUUGAUUUCAAUGAUCUAGAGUCAACGAGACAGCCCCUGUCAAUCUUGCAAUACAACUCCCCUAACCCUAAGAUGCACAAGUUCUAACUGAAUUUCAUAAAUAUUUCUGAUGUUCUCUUCUCCCCCUUGGUAAUUCUCUGCAUUCACAAUGACAUUUACAAUUUAGAAGAUCUUGAACAUUUUUUUCGGUCACUAAGAUUUCUAGGAAAGGAAGGGCUAAUUUCUUCCUGGUCGACAGCAACAUCAAUCUAACGAGACUUGAAGAGUACUUAAAAACAAGCAUAGCUGAGAAAGAUUACAGAUCUUGUUAUUGUCUGAGUUGGCACUAUAGGGAAAGGUCUGACAUUUGAACUGUGAAUUUUGAUGAGAGCUUCCUCAGCAAUCUUAUAUGAAUUUUAUUUUGAACCUUGUCACAGUAUCUGUAAUAAUUUUGAAUUGUUCUUGCUUUCCUUGGAGAUCGCAAAA